UACAUGUGUUGUUUCAACGUUGAAGGGGAGAGAACAUUUGUGGUGUAAACAUUGGUAGUCCGCUUCGUGAGUGUAGUGGCGGUCUGUGGCGUUCGUCUUAUCUGUGGUCCAUGGUAUAGCAUUGUGGGAUAAUUUGUAGGUUAUGUUGUUUGGAGAAUUAGACAUUUCAUAGAAAUGCCAAAUUAUGAAGUGGCAUUGGUUCUCAGGACCAUGUCACGUCCUGAACUUAUAUCUACUUUACGACGCACAGCUGAUGCCAUAUUUAAUAAGGGAGGAAUUAUUCGAAAGGUAGAGAACCUUGGCACGCGAAACCUACCUUACAAGAUGUCAGCCCAUGGUUCAGUGCAUAAGCAAGGAAGUUACUUUGUUUUUCAAUUUAUCUGCCCACCAUCAUCUCUCCAUAACUUGGAGGAGGAAUAUGGCCGAGAUGUAGAUAUUGUGAGGCGAAGAAUCUUCAAAAUGGAGACACCAGAAGAAUUUGAGUGCACUUUGCAUGAAGAAAUAAAACCACCUGCUUACAGGAAAGAUGUGCAGAAGAUGAUAGAAGAAAGUAAGAAAAUAGACAAAUAUAAAUUUAAAUAUAAUUCAGGAUUGGAUUACUGUCCAUUUCAGAAGUAAUUUUUUUAGUUUUUGUCAGAGUGGUAAAAGCUGUGAAAGCAUGUGAACCUAUGGUUGUACAUUAUAUUUGAACUUACUGUUGGAAAAUAUAUGACUAAAACCUCCUGUUUUAUUAA